CGGCUUCCUUCCCGAUCCGUGUAGUCGUACGCCUCUUGUUGUCCCGUCGCCGAGCCUCUUCGCGGUCGGUCGGAUCGGUGAGCUAAAGGAGGGGGGGAUCCGAGUGGGAUCACGAGGUAAGGCGACGAUGCACGCGAUUAAUGCGAUGGUGGCGGCGAGGAUGCUGACGACGGUGGCGUCGUCGGCGGUGAAUGACGGGGCGGUGAUGCUGAAGGGAGAGGACAUCCCCUUCGGGUCGUUUAUGUGGUACGCGUACGCAGGUAUCUCGUGCUUUCUCGUUCUAUUUGCGGGGAUCAUGUCGGGUCUUACCCUGGGGUUGAUGUCGCUCGGCCUCGUCGAGCUCGAGAUCCUGCAGCGCAGUGGGACUCCCAUCGAGAAGAAGCAGGCAGCUACAAUUCUACCUGUUGUUCAAAAGCAACACCAGCUUCUUGUAACUUUGCUUUUGUGUAAUGCUGCUGCCAUGGAGGCUCUUCCUCUCUAUCUUGAUAGAAUAUUCAAUCCAUUUGUUGCUAUUGUGUUGUCUGUGACCUUCGUCCUGGCUUUUGGGGAGGUUAUUCCUCAAGCCAUAUGCACAAGAUAUGGGUUAGCAGUGGGGGCUAACUUAGUCUGGCUAGUGCGAAUAUUAAUGAUCAUGUGCUACCCAAUAGCUUAUCCUGUUGGCAAGAUUCUAGAUUGUGCACUUGGACAUAAUGAGUCUGCACUUUUUAGACGCGCUCAGUUAAAAGCUCUGGUCUCUAUCCACAGCAAAGAGGCAGGAAAAGGUGGAGAGCUUACACACGAUGAAACCACAAUAAUAAGUGGGGCACUUGAUUUGACUGAAAAGACAGCUGAGGCUGCUAUGACACCCAUUGAGUCUACCUUCUCCUUAGACGUCAAUUCAAAAUUAGACUGGGAGGCUAUUGGCAAGAUUCUUGCUCGGGGCCACAGUCGUGUCCCUGUUUAUUCAGGGAACCCAAAGAAUAUUAUAGGCCUUUUGUUGGUGAAAAGUCUUCUUACAGUUCGACCUGAGACUGAAACACCUGUCAGUGCUAUAUCAAUUAGAAGAAUCCCCAGGGUGCCUGCCGAUAUGCCUCUGUAUGACAUACUAAAUGAAUUUCAGAAAGGAAGCAGUCAUAUGGCUGCUGUUGUCAAGUCGAAAGGGAAACCUAAGAGUAUGUCACUGACUGAUGGUGAAAAAUCUGGAGAAAAUAAAGAACUAAAUAUUGAAUCCAAUGCUACAACCCCUUUAUUGUCUAAGACAAAGGAAAAUUUGGACAGUGUUGUCGUCGACGUUGAUAGGUAUGAAAAUAAACUUAUUAGUGAAGAUAAACCCACGACUUUGCAACAGAAUGAUGCAGAAGCGAAGGUAGUUUCUCGAUUAUCAGAAGAUACCGAAGAAGGAGAAGUUAUUGGGAUCAUCACACUUGAGGAUGUUUUUGAAGAACUCUUACAGGAGGAGAUAGUUGACGAGACCGACGAAUAUGUUGAUGUUCAUAAAAGGAUACGUGUGGCCGCUGCCGCCGCUGCUUCUUCAGUCGCACGAGCUCCAUCUUACAGGAGGUUGACUAAACAAAAAUCCGCGGGAGCUCUAAGUCGGCAAGGACAACAGCCCGCCGGCAUCCUAAAGAAACCCACUGAAGGAGACUUGCACACGCCACGGCAUCAAGUGAACCUGGUGGAACCGCUAUUGGGAACCAAAAGAUAACAACCCUAAAAUUUUGCCCCAGAAGGAAUCUCCUCGUGUAGAAGCUUUGUGAUGCAUGUGUAAGAGCUAUUUAUCGCUGGUAAUGGAUGUAAUUAGCGAUUGCAAGUAAAAUAAGGACGGACGAUAUGGUUAGAGGAUGUGUAACCUAUCUGGACUCGGACAUUUGUAUGGUUAAGUUGGAUCCCCAUGGCUGGGAUAUAAUUUUGCUGAAUAAAGAUGAGUUAUUUGGUUUA